AUGGAGGAGCUGCGAAGUAUCCAUCACUGCGUUCAGCGGGGUCACUUUGAAGAGGUGCUGCUUCGACACGUGUUAAACUUUGCGCGUCAUCGUUGCCUUUGCGUCUUUCACAGUCUUCGCUGGCGGUUAUUGCUGGGACUUCUUCCGGCAAACGUGGAGGCCGGCAGUUACUGCCAGGUCUGGGCGGAGUGCACCCGUGCUGGGGUGCGGGAAUGGAAGGAAGUGAACGAGCACCUUCGACAGCGUCUUGUGGACACGGCGUCUGUGGUGCACCCCGCGGAGAAAAAGGGUCAUUUUAAUGAAACGGACUCCUCCUUCUCCGACGAGGAUGAGGAGAACAUGGGCGUUGAGAAUCCACUUCUUCCGCCUGAGGGAAGUUCCUACGCGCUGCAGUACGCCGUAGACACGAUACGCUCCACUGCACAGAAGGAUUUGGAUCGACUUCACUGGGAGCUUCCGCUGUUUGAGGAGUCUACUACAAAAAAUGCAUUGCUGGAUAUUUUUGUCAAUUACUGCCUCCGCCAUGACAGUGGGUACAAGCAGGGGAUGCACGAGAUUGCGGCAUUUGUUAUGUAUCUGACCCACACCGACGCGACACUUCUGGACGAGCUUUUAAAGAGCUCUGAGGAGACUGAUCUCGAACUGGUGUGUGCCUUUAAAGGUAUAUGCCCCCUAGAGAGCGUGACGGCAAUGUCUUUUUUCCUGUUCGAGGCCAUUAUGAAUACCUCCGGGCUGCAUCUAUCCGAGUGGUAUUACGCAGGCAAAGAUAAUGCAUCUGAUGGCAUUGUUGGUGCAUCACACAAGACGCAGAAGGAAUUAUUGGCGGAACUCGACCCGGCUUUGCAUCAGCAGAUGAAUGUGGUGUAUGAGAUUGAGGCCACGUCGUAUUUAAUACGUUGGUUGCGUCUUCUUUUUCUUCGAGAGUUUUCCAUCCCCCAAUGCGCCGACUUGUGGGACGUCUUUCUAUCAGAGCGUUUUCUUGCGGGGCAAAGUGAAUAUCGUCUCAAAAACAGUACCGUUACGAUGCUUGCGGCGUCCAUGCUAUUGUACGUGAAGCAGGAUCUCAUGGUGGGUCACAUUGACGCUCUUAAGCGUCUAAUGAAAUACCCACCACUGGAGGAUGUAGGAAGUUUGUUGGAAAUGACAAUCACACGAGUAGAUCCGCAAAAGCGUGGCAUUGGCCGCUACUUUACUCCACCAGAAUCCCAUGAAUUUGUUAGAGUCUUGUUGCCUCCACCGGCGGAAGAAAAAGUUGCAUCCCCCGUUAGUCUCUCCCCAAUUGAACUCAUGAACCAACAAGGCCGCAUCUUGGCGUCUAUUAUUGAGCGCCUUGAAAUGGGGCAGGCAUCGUCACCUAGCGCACUCCCUGAUGACGUGGGGCACAAUGCCGGGGAUCACGCUCGCACCAUUGAGGAACUUAAAAUGGUACGUGAUGCUCUUUUGUACACGACUGGGAACAACGGUGAUUGA